CCGAAGGCCCCGCCCCCCGCCCACGAGGAAGUAGCUGUGGUGCUGCGCGGGUCUCAGAGCCGGUUCGGCGCGUCGACUGUCCAGAGUCCGCGGCCGAGGAGAUCCGAGGUCCAGGGGUCAAGUGACUAUGGCCUACCACAGCUUCUUGGUGGAGCCCAUCAGCUGCCAUGCCUGGAACAAGGACCGUACACAGAUUGCCAUCUGCCCCAACAACCACGAGGUGCACAUCUAUGAGAAGAGCGGCGCCAAGUGGAACAAGGUGCACGAGCUCAAGGAGCACAACGGGCAGGUGACAGGCAUCGACUGGGCCCCCGAGAGUAACCGCAUUGUGACCUGCGGCACAGACCGCAAUGCCUAUGUGUGGACGCUGAAGGGCCGCACAUGGAAGCCCACACUGGUCAUCCUCCGGAUCAAUCGAGCUGCCCGCUGUGUGCGCUGGGCCCCCAAUGAGAACAAGUUCGCUGUGGGCAGUGGCUCCCGGGUCAUUUCUAUCUGUUAUUUUGAACAGGAGAAUGACUGGUGGGUGUGCAAACACAUCAAAAAGCCCAUCCGCUCCACUGUCCUCAGCCUAGACUGGCAUCCCAACAAUGUGCUCCUGGCUGCAGGCUCCUGUGACUUCAAGUGCAGGAUCUUCUCUGCCUAUAUCAAGGAGGUGGAGGAACGGCCAGCCCCUACACCAUGGGGCUCCAAGAUGCCCUUUGGGGAGCUGAUGUUUGAAUCGAGCAGCAGCUGUGGCUGGGUGCAUGGCGUUUGCUUCUCAGCCAGUGGGAGCCGAGUUGCUUGGGUCAGCCAUGACAGCACUGUGUGCCUGGCAGAUGCUGAAAAGAAGAUGGCCGUGGCAACCCUGGCCUCUGAGACGUUACCACUCCUGGCUGUCACCUUCAUCACAGAAAAUAGUCUAGUGGCAGCAGGCCAUGACUGCUUCCCGGUGCUGUUUACCUAUGAAAAUGCUGCGGGGACAUUGAGCUUCGGUGGCCGGCUGGAUGUGCCUAAGCAGAGCUCCCAGCGUGGCAUGACAGCCAGAGAGCGCUUCCAAAACCUGGACAAGAAGGCCAGCUCUGAGGGGGGUGCAGCCACAGGGGCAGGCCUGGAUUCACUGCACAAGAACAGUGUCAGUCAAAUCUCGGUACUCAACGGGGGCAAGGCCAAGUGUUCACAGUUCUGCACUACAGGCAUGGAUGGUGGCAUGAGCAUCUGGGACGUGAAGAGCUUGGAGUCAGCCUUGAAGGACCUGAAGAUCAAAUGAGCUGUGAGGAGUGCUACCCUCAUCCCAACUGCUGGGAAGGAGGGAAAGGGGGUUGGGGAGGCUAAGGGCUGCUUUGCUGAUUGCUUCUAGGGUACAAUACAGGUCUGCAAAGGGGCUGCUCUCUCUCCAAGGAGGGGAAGAGGCAGGUGCCUCUUUCCUGCCUAUUUAAUGAAAAGUGCCUUUUAAAGAAAUGCUCUCAUUUAUUGCAAACCAAAAAUAAGACCAAAAAAAAAAAAAAAAAAAAAAAAAAAAAAAAAAAAAACCCAAAGCACAAUGCUGGUCAUGAACUGCUUCAAAAUGUGGGCUAAUAAACAUACCAAAUGUGGACAGGC